AGAGCGCGCAUGCGACACAAAGAUCAUCUUGAAGGUUUAAUUCAUACGUCGUAUAUAUUUAGAAAUGUAAAAAGUGAACGGUAUUAUCAGCCGUGCAUUUGCAUGAUUCGUGUGCGCGAAUCCAUUUUUCUUCAAUAAUAUAAUUCCUUUAUUCAUAUCGCUGAAAGAAAGGGCGGGUGCGGAGGUGGUUUCUUUGUAAAGAUGUUUGUGUCCCUGCUGUUAUUCUUAUCGCCCUCCUAUCUCCUCACUUCUCUGGCUUUCUUCCAUGCGGUCGCUGUUUUUUCUUAUGUGGUGCUGAAAUGCAUCCUCUCGUAAUAUUUCUCUUCCCCCGCGCGGAGGCGCGCAUACACACUCAUACUCGUGCGCGCGCGCACACACACACACACACACACGCACGCACGCACGCAGGCUCACACAUUGACACGGAUUCACACACACUCGCGCACCACCAGGGAAAAUAGUGGAAAGUCCGAUUGAGAGAACGACAGGCAGCAUCAGUGGCUGUAAACACACCCGAGAGUGAAGGAGCCAUGGAUUUUUCAUUGCAUCGCCGAGCUAGCGCUGCGUCGAAGAGGACGAGGAUCCGUUAUUUCCAAUAGCCUGGUAUUGUACGCUAUAGUUUUAAUGCUGGCGAAAAAGGGAGGCUAUUACAAACUGAAAAGACGGACCGCCGGCUCGCCUCCGCCCGUGCUCCCCUUAGACUGCAAUGGCUUUUGCGCAGAAAUGCAUCCACCGCCGCCGAGAGAGGUGGGCAGCGCUUUCUUUGCUGUGCUCGUGUCUUUGGGGGCUGACGGCGGGGCACAUUCGCUAUUCUAUUCCAGAAGAGCAGCAGCACGGCACGUUUGUCGGGAAUGUUGUGAAAGACCUGAGUUUAGAUAUGCAGAGAAUGGCAGCGCGGAGAAUGAAGCUGUCCACGGCUGGCCGGAAGCAGUAUUUGGAUCUUAACCCUGACAGUGGCAGCUUGUUCGUAAAUGAAAGGAUAGAUCGAGAAUCGCUGUGCGAGCUCCGCGCCUCCUGCUUUUUAAACAUGGAGGUGAUUAUGGAAAACCCUUUGGAGGCGUUCAAUGUCGAGGUGGAGAUUUUGGAUGUAAAUGACAACGCACCCGUUUUUCCCAGGAAUGAAUAUCACCUGGAAAUAACGGAAUCUGCUUUGCCAGGAGCGCGUUUUCCCGUCGAGGGGGCUCAAGAUCUGGAUGUGGGAACCAAUGGCAUUCGCACGUACAUGCUCAGCCCGAACGAGCAUUUUGUCCUGGAUUCCAGCGGACCUGCAGUGAACAGCAAGCUUAUCGAAUUGGUGCUUAAAAAAUCCCUAGAUCGGGAGCUGAAUUCCCUGCAUCAGCUGCUUCUAACGGCGGUCGACGGAGGCAUCCCGACAAAGACUGGCACAGCCAAAAUUACCGUACUGGUGUUAGAUUCAAAUGACAACGCCCCCGUAUUUGACAAGCAGGUGUACAAAGUUCAGCUAGUAGAAGAUGCGCCUCCAGGGACCCUGGUAAUUAAACUAAACGCCACAGAUCUAGAUGAAGGUCCCAAUGGAGAAGUCAUGUAUUCAUUUAGCGGCUACACCCCAGACAACGUUAGGCAGCUGUUUGGAAUGAACCCUAGCACUGGAGAAAUUAGAGUCAGAAGCCCUCUGGAUUAUGAACAAGCAAGUUCAUAUGAGAUAUACGUGCAGGCCAUGGACAAGGGGGCAUCUGCUGUGGCAGUGCAUUGUAAAGUAGUCGUAGAAAUUAUUGAUGUGAAUGACCACAUCCCUGAAAUUAUCGUGUCAUCCCUUACCAGUCCAGUGCGGGAAGAUGCCCGUCCUGAUACCAUAGUAGCAUUGAUCAGUGUGGAGGACAAAGAUUCUGGUGUAAACAAGCAGGUUAGCCUUAACAUUCCUUCAGAUCUUCCCUUCAGCAUUAAGUCUUCCAAGAACUAUUACAAGUUAGUCACAGACAGACUACUGGACCGUGAGAAGGUUGCAGCCUAUAACAUUACCUUCACGGCCACUGACUCUGGGUCCCCUCCUCUCUCCUCUCAAAAGACUGUCCAUGUGGAAGUUUCGGAUGUAAAUGACAACUCACCCCAAUUUGAGAAAAACUCUUAUGCUGUGUACAUCAAUGAGAACAAUGCUCCAGGGGCUUCUUUACAUUCAGUGAAGGCCAUUGAUCCCGAUAUCAAUGAGAAUGCAUUUGUAUCAUAUUCAAUUGUGAAUCACAAUGUUAAUGAAAUGCCAGUCACCUCCUAUGUGUCUAUCAAUUCAGAGACGGGUGUCGUUUACGCCUUGCGCUCCUUUGACUAUGAAACACUAAGGGAAUUUAAUUUUGAAGUGAAAGCACAGGAUGCGGGCAUUCCGCCCCUCACUAGCAUGGCUGUUGUUAACAUAUAUGUGGUUGAUCAGAAUGAUAAUCCGCCUUAUUUCCUGCACCCUCCUGCUGCAAAUUUUUCGACAUCAACUGAAACGGUUCCUAAAACAGCUGAUGUUGGUUACCUUGUAACUAAAGUCCUUGCCAUCGAUGCUGAUGCAGGAAAAAAUGCUUGGCUAUUUUACAGCUUGUUGCAAGCCACAGAUGCAAGCUUGUUCAAGUUAAAUCAGCAUACUGGGGAGAUAAGAACUACUCGCAAAAUUGGAGAAGAGAACUCCACAUCUUUUAGUAUAAUUAUACUUGUUAAGGACAAUGGGAGCCCAUCUUUGUCAGCCACAGCUACAGUAAAUGUGGCUGUGGUGGACAGGUCUGCAAAGGUGGUACCGGAGAGCAAAGGAACUAUCAAUAAUAUAAAGGACAGUAUUAUCAGUAAGUUUAAUAUUCAGUCUGACAUGACUCUGUAUUUAAUUAUUGCCUUAAGUGCAGUCUCCUUUGUGUUCCUGCUGACUAUUAUUAUUUUGGCUGCCAUCAGGUGUCACAAAUGCAGUGGGACUUGCUGUUCGAGUCCUUGCUGUGCGGAUGAGAGACAUGCAGCAGAAAUGUACAAGCAGGCCAAUAAUAAUAUAGCACAACGUGAUUUGAAGGUACAGCCUCACUUUAUUGAGGUGCGGGGUAAUGGGUCACUUUCUAAGACAUACUGUUAUAAGGCAUGCCUAACAGCAGGCUCGGGGAGUGACAUGUUCAUGUUUUACAAUACUGGCUGUCCACCUGGAGCAGGGCCGAGUGCUUCAACAUCUGAGAGAUGCCUGACAGUGCAAAGCAGGCAGAGCCAGCAGAGCCAGAACUCUACAAUAAAUCGGAAAAGCCUACCUUGUGAGCCUAAGCAACCGAAUACUGACUGGCGUUAUUCUGCAUCUCUCAGAGCAGGAAUGCAAAGCUCAGUGCAUAUGGAAGAAUCCGCAGUCUUGCAAGGACCAUCAGGAGUACACAUUCAGAACUGGCCAACAGUAUCCAGCGCCACACCUGAACCUGAAGCAGGAGAAGUGUCACCUCCUGUUGGAGCUGGAAUAAAUAGUAACAGCUGGACCUUCAAGUAUGGACCCCCAGCUGGCAACCCCCAGCAGCUGAAACCAGGUGAAGUUCCAGAAAACUUCAUCAUUCCUGGCUCACCGGCCAUCAUCUCUAUCCGGCAAGGCCCCCCUGGUGCUGCAGAUGACAAGAGUGACUUCAUAACCUUUGGCAAAAAGGAGGAAACCAAAAAGAAGAAGAAAAAGAAGAAGGGAAAGGCUGAUAAAAAGGAAAAGUCCAAUGAUGGUGGAGACCACUAGCAGAGAUAUCACUGAAAACGGAGUAACCGGCUCUGUUCACACUCAGAAAGGAGAGUUCCCGGCUGUUCACCAAAAUAAAUUUCAACCUCAGUCACUGCAGUCUUUUCACCUUUCUGAUAAUGUACUUUUAGAACCUUACAAUUCAAAUUUGCUUUCCAUGAAAAGACAAGAAAUGCUUUCUGUAAAUCUCUCUCUCUUUCUCUCUUUAAAAGUAACUGUCCGCAUUCCUCCUUUGCUGAAGUAGCAUUUACCUCUUUCUGAACAGACCGACUUGAGGAUGAUGCAGGGCUAUUGUUGUCUUUGGUUGGUUAGUUUAAGAUCAGUUAAAAGAUAUUUAGUAUUACAGACAAAAACAAAGGCUUGCUGUUACUGUAUUCAGACUUUUUUUGACACAAAGAUGUGGAUGAUUCCAUCAACACUUUUUUCACUAUAUAUGAAAAAGAUAAAAAAUGAAAUAUCCACAAAGGCAUUCUUGUGUGUGUAUGCACACUUGUAUUAUUUUGCUAUAAACAUAGGAUAGCAAAAUGAAUGUUCUGGAGCAGCUGAGUCUAGCAAGUGAGCCAAAGGGAUUCAUGUUUUCUGAGCAGCAGGAGAUCAGAUUUUGCCACAUAUUGCUUAUAUAUCUAGAUCUUUAUAAGGUCUCUUUCCCCUGCUUUUUCACCAAGUCUCUCACUUUUUAUUUUGUUAAAGAUUUAGUCAUUUUGCAAUUGUCACCCAGACAUCAAUAGCUCAGUAGAGGUUUCUGUCAUUAACAGUGUCCCUUAGUUCUAGGAAGCACAUCUCAGCAUCAUUUGUAAUGACAACAAUCCAUCUUGUAUUUUGUUGAAAGUAUUUACAUUAAAAAAAUGACAUCUCCCCUUUUGCAAGGAAAACAUGGACAUUGGUCUCACUGGCUGUGAAACAGUUAACAUUUUAAGUAUCUUAAACAAUGGACAAAGACAUCUGAACCCGGCUUAACCUUUAUGCACACUUGCGUUAGGAUAACUGCACUACUAGACAUUUUGAGAUGUGAAUAAUCCAGAGGCUCAUCUCAGUGAAGGCCUUGCAAGGUCAACGUUUGUGGCGGACUGGCCACAUGGAAGGUGGGAUUCCUGGAGAAAUGCAGGGAUCGGUUUCCCACCUGUAGCUACGCUUGGAAGUAUAGCUCUGGUUGAAUGCUAUGGUACAUUUCAAUAGUUGGCAGUACAGAAGAGCAUUAUAGCCAGCUCUCUGUUGGCUUGCAGAAACUGAUUUUGUGCUUUAAAAUUUCCUCAAUUUCAGCUUUCU